AUUGGUCAAUUCAAGUUCACAUGCAAUACAUAGUGAUACAGCUGGCAGCGCUGCCAGUCGGAUGCGUGUUGGUGUUUGUGCAGUAAGGUGAAUCGAGAAAAAGUGACGAUUUUCCUAUGUUUUCAUGAAAAUUAUUGCGGAAUACUUACAAAAUUGGUGAAAAAAUAUCAAAGAUGAGUGCAGAUAUAAAAAUAACGCAAUAAUAAGUUAAUUUCCUGUUGGUGAUCGCAUUAAGAUUACAUUUGCAAACUCUUCCUUGCAAAAUCGAACGAAAGAUAGGGCAAACGCAGCAGCUGAACGGUGUGGCACAAGCUAGGGCGGUGGUAGCAAUCACGCAGGCGAACAAUUUGGUGGAGGGUCGGCGGUUGCUUAGCUGAGGGCACAAAAAAGUGUGAAAAAUAAAAAUCGACGUACACUUUGUAUUUGUCGCAAUUGAAAAGUUUUACAUAUAAGAAAUUUCAAUGCAACGAAGCUACUGAGGAAACUGCGAAAAUUGCAUUUUCGAGAAUUGCUACUUGGAGUUGGUCGUGGUGUUUUGGGCUUGUCGUUGACAAAAACGCUAAGAUAGACGCGGUGUGGGGUUGGGCAUCUGCCCCGCUGCGUUUAGCGGCGAACAGGAUGGGCGAUCCUAUGCUGCCAGGUGCGGCCGGUAGCGCUGGCGCCUCCACCGGUGCUAUAGAUCGGCCUCCGUCACCUGCACGACUUUCGCACACCUCGGAAAAGCACCCCAAGGUAACAUUGUCCGAAUUGAAUAUGCUGCGGCGCCAUCGCGAACUUUGUGAUGUGGUACUCAAUGUUGGCGGUCGCAAGAUAUUUGCGCAUCGUGUCAUCCUCUCUGCAUGCAGUCCCUACUUUCGCGCCAUGUUCACUGGCGAGCUGGAGGAAUCACGACAAACUGAAGUAACCAUACGUGAUAUUGACGAAAAUGCCAUGGAACUACUCAUCGAUUUUUGCUACACUGCUCAUAUCAUUGUCGAAGAAUCCAAUGUGCAGACUUUAUUGCCAGCUGCUUGCUUGUUGCAAUUAGUCGAAAUACAAGAUAUUUGCUGCGAAUUUCUCAAGCGUCAAUUGGAUCCAACCAAUUGCUUGGGCAUACGCGCCUUUGCCGAUACUCACUCAUGUCGAGAACUUUUGCGCAUCGCGGACAAAUUCACACAACACAACUUCCAGGAAGUAAUGGAAAGCGAAGAAUUUUUGCUGCUGCCAGUCGGACAGCUUGUAGACAUCAUUUGUAGUGAUGAAUUGAACGUACGUUCAGAGGAGCAAGUUUUCAAUGCUGUCAUGUCUUGGCUGAAAUAUAAUGUUGCUGAUCGUCGUCAGCAUUUGGCACAGGUACUGCAACAUGUGCGCCUCCCACUUUUGUCACCGAAAUUUCUUGUCGGCACUGUUGGCUCAGAUUUGUUGGUGCGCUCCGAUGAAGCUUGCCGUGAUCUCGUCGAUGAAGCCAAGAACUAUUUGCUAUUACCACAGGAACGUCCACUAAUGCAAGGUCCGCGCACGCGUCCACGUAAACCUACGCGUCGUGGUGAAGUGCUAUUCGCAGUCGGUGGUUGGUGUUCAGGUGAUGCCAUUGCCUCCGUUGAACGCUUUGAUCCACAAACGAAUGAUUGGAAAAUGGUUGCACCGAUGAGUAAACGCCGUUGUGGCGUCGGCGUUGCUGUGCUCAAUGAUUUGCUCUAUGCUGUUGGUGGACAUGAUGGGCAAAGUUAUUUGAAUAGCAUUGAGCGUUACGAUCCACAAACGAAUCAAUGGUCUUGUGAUGUUGCGCCGACCACCUCAUGCCGCACUAGUGUAGGCGUAGCGGUGCUUGAUGGGUUUUUGUACGCUGUCGGCGGACAAGAUGGUGUACAGUGUCUGAAUCAUGUUGAACGCUACGAUCCUAAGGAAAAUAAAUGGUCAAAGGUUGCACCGAUGACUACGCGUCGUUUGGGUGUGGCUGUAGCUGUAUUAGGUGGUUAUCUCUAUGCUAUUGGUGGCUCUGACGGCCAAUGCCCAUUAAAUACUGUUGAACGCUAUGACCCAAGGCAAAAUAAGUGGUGUGCCGUCAAUCCCAUGUCCACUCGCCGCAAACAUUUGGGGUGCGCUGUCUUUAAUAACUACAUAUAUGCCGUCGGAGGGCGUGAUGAUUGCAUGGAAUUGUCUUCAGCAGAGCGCUAUAACCCGCAUACAAAUACAUGGAGUCCCAUUGUGGCGAUGACAUCGCGUCGCAGCGGCGUUGGCUUGGCCGUAGUAAAUGGACAGCUAUAUGCCGUUGGCGGAUUUGAUGGCUCGGCCUACUUAAAAACAAUUGAAGUUUAUGAUCCCGAAACAAACCAAUGGCGUUUGUGUGGUUGUAUGAAUUACAGACGUUUAGGUGGUGGCGUAGGUGUAAUGAGAGCACCACAGACUGAAAACUAUAUGUGGAUACGCAAAGAUUCUGUUGUUUGAUUGAACCCAGAGGUGUGUUAUUAUUGAAGCCGUGGCUACGCUAUAACUAUUUUGCGUUGCUACGGUACAUUUUAAGGCUCUUAAGCUUAAACUAAAUUUAUAAUAAGCAAAGGAUAUAAAACACUACACCCAUAAAAAUAAAUAAAAUCGAAUAACCUACACAUAUAAAAUUAAUUAAAAAUUAUAUAAAAUUAAGUGCGCAUGAAUUCCAUUUACAAAAGAUAAAAUAAAAUGCGUUGUUUGCCGGUUGCCUGUGAUGAUAAUGUGGAUUGUGUAUUGGGGCGAACGGCAGUUAUGCGUUUAGCCAAAUAUCACUUUAUAAAUUUAUUAACCAAGCAUUUCCACACAGCUAUUUUGAACAGCUCUAUGUCCCGUGCGCUGUAAUAGCAGUUGGCAAGCAAUUGCUUACAAACAAAUAUAAAGGCAAUGCUGUAGCCUAUGCAGUGCACGGGACACGCAAACCUAUUGAUUUGUAACUGAAUAAAAAUGCGUUAAGCUAAGAAUAUAAUAGAUGAAAAGAAAUUGAAAUAUAUUAAAAAA